AUGGACCGUCCGCCUUCAGUUCCUGGCCUGGAGGAGCCCGUCAUUCUGGCUAUCCGGAAUGGCCAGACCUCAGACCAUGUUCGCAGGCGGAGUUCGGACAAGUCCAUCGAGGAUUCUUCGUUACCGGCACCGAUAGAGGCAGAUAUCAAGCAGACUGUCACCAAGCCACCGAAUGCGAAGCUUCCCCUGCAGGGCGAUUUUUCAGAUGGACAGACCUCUCUUCGACACCCGUUUCCCCAUCUGUACCAUUCAUCCAGUACAUCCAGGUCACCCUCCACUCGUACUUCUUCGAGCUCGCUUCAGGCAUUGAACGAGGACACCGUCGUCGAUGCGCGGUCGGAUCAUAGCGCUAUCGGCCGGAGCUCCAUCUCUUCUCGGAGGGUCGCCCACAUGGGCCCCUCUGAGACUCAUUCCGCAGACUAUCCCGUCUAUCCCGACCAAUCCUACGCCGUCCUUCAGUCCCAAAUCCACCCCACCUACCAACCCCCGUUCCUACGCACCCGAAGCUCUUACCCGUCCCGGACUGAGGCGGCCAAAUUUGCUCCGUCGCGUGCAUCACGCACGGCGGGCAAUACCCCCCUCUCCAGCCCGGGCCUGUUCUCCAUCAGAAGUCCUCGCUCGACGCCUCCAUUCGCGUCCGACGACGAAGGUCGCAUCAGCAGUCCCUAUCUCCAUCCCACUCAUCUCCAGCCCCCCAAAGAAACCCAUACCGCUGAGGUGGAUCGAGAUCUUGUGACCGGAAACAAGCUCAUCAAUCAGUAUGAGAUCCUCGAGGAGCUCGGGCGCGGUGAACAUGGAAAGGUGAAGCUCGGCCGCCAUGUUACAACGCGACAAAAGGUUGCAAUCAAAAUCGUUCAGCGUUAUUCAAAGCGUCGCCGCCUCGGAAAACUCGGUAACCCUGAGGAUAAGGUCAAGAAAGAGGUUGCCAUCCUGAAAAAGGCACGGCACCCUAACGUCGUCAGUCUGUUAGAAGUCAUCGAUGAUCCGAAUCGCCAAAAGGUCUAUAUAGUCCUCGAGUAUGUGGAGAACGGAGAAAUCAUCUGGCGCAAGCGUGGGCUGCGAGAGAUCGUCCACGUCGAUAAGCGCCGGCUGGAGCGUGAGAAGGCGGGCAUUCCUGAUACCCCGUCUUUCAUGGAAGAAAGUCAACAGUACGUAAGGACAGCCCAGCACCUUCGUCGGCAGCGCGAGAAGGCACGUGAACGGCGCCAAGCACAGGCGGCAUAUGCACAAGAAGCUCCGAUUCCUGCCUGGAGUCUGGAGCAUGGUGCGGAGUCAGACGACGAUGAGGAUCUGGGGGGCGAGCCUAUGGUUGCGCGUGUUCCCAGCCGGUCUAUGGUGAGCACCGAUGAUGCCCACUCCUCUCCGAGUCAGUCUUAUGUGUCGGGUCAGGAGUCGGCACUGGCUGCAGUAGAAGGCAGCAUGUACGGCGCCUAUGCGGACUACCCAUUCGAAAGACGGUUCAGCACCGCAUCAAGCAGCUUCGGCUAUGCACCUUCUGAGCCGGAGUGGUUCACCGACGAUGACGACAUGACCUAUGUGCCUUGCUUGACUUUCAACGAAGCGCGUAAUGUCUUUCGCGAUUCGUUGCUAGGUUUGGAAUAUCUUCACUACCAAGGCAUCAUCCAUCGCGACAUCAAACCCGCAAAUCUUCUGGUCACCAGCAACUAUCGUGUGAAAAUCUCAGAUUUUGGCGUCUCGUACUUGGGACGGCCCAUUCGAGACGAGGAAGAGGAGCAGGUGGAGGAGACGGAUGCCACCGAGUUGGAUGAUGCUCGCGAGCUGUCUAAGACGGUCGGGACACCGGCUUUUUAUGCCCCUGAGUUGUGCUAUACAGGCGAUGAUUUCGUGGACGUGCUCGGCGCCGCCCCUCGGAUCACCGGCGCUAUUGAUGUUUGGUCUCUGGGUGUUACCCUCUACGGCAUGAUCUUCGGGCGCCUACCAUUCGUUUCCGAUGACGAAUACAGCAUGUUCCAGACUAUUGUGCGGAAGGAAGUCUUCAUUCCCCGAAAGCGAUUACAGCCCGUGGAAGACGAUCCCGACACCGUCAGUCAGUGGCCUCGCUACAGUGACGGCAGCAAACGGAUGGAAGACGAGCUGGUGUACGAGGACAUUGACGACGAAUUGUAUGAUCUGUUAAAGCGGCUGCUGACCAAGGAUCCGGUCAAACGGAUCACCGUGAAGGAGAUCAAACACCAUCCUUGGGUUCUGCAUGGCCUUCCUAACCCCAGAGCAUGGGUGGAAGAGACGGACCCAGGGUAUCAAAGCAAGGGAAAGAGGAUCGAAGUAUCCACCGAAGAAGUGACUAGUGCUGUCAGCAAAGUACCAUUCAUUCAGCGUGUGCGAUCCAACGUUGCUAAGUGGUCUAACUAUCUGACUGGAAGGUCGAAAGAGAAGGAUGGUCGCAAGCGGACUCCUAGCAAUUCUCCUUCGGUCGAGUCAUCGUCAACUACAAGCAGCACUGCCUUUGGGAAGUACCUUUGGGACAAUCGGCGGCACAGCCUUAGGGGAGAUGAAGAAUUUCCACGCUCUCUCCGCUUACCCAGGGAAGGCGAGCAUCCGCUUUCGCAGAGUGUCACCGCAAGUCCCGUGGGCCGAGAAGAUCAGCCGUCUUACUUCGCUUCGUCCGAUUUUAUGCCAGUGCAGGACCAAUCUACGCGCCCAGAUCCUCCCGAGCGCACAACGUCCACAUUGUCUACUGCUGAAUCUGCCAAGACCGUGAAACCAUCGGACCACAAAAGAGUAUCAGUACCCCAGCGUGCUGGUACCCCCGUCCGUGUGGAACCGUCUGGGACCACGAACAUUGGUGGCCUUUUUGGUGGCGCGAGCCGUCGCCUUGCACGAGGCCUGCAACCUGGGGAUUGGCGGUCCGAUCGGUCUGUCUCGGGCGAGACCGCGUCUUUGGACGGUGACCGCCACUCGGAGCCCAGCUUGGCUUUGAGUGUUGCCUCUGCUGUUGGUCAAAUGCAGAAUUGCAACUUGUUAUCGAACGAGGAGCCGCUCUUGACUCCUCCCGAUGGCUCCCUUGGUAGAACUUCCAGCCAUCGGCGAAACCGAUCCCACCAGCUUCCAGGCAAGCAUUCCGCCGAGCCAUUCCACCUAACCAAGGAGGCCUUAUUACGGAAGAGGAGGAGCGACCUCGGGCCCGUUGGUGAUGCAGACGGCAAUCGUGGCGACAGCGAGCCAUGCUCCGGUGACUACACGGGCCUGCGGAUUGAGAAUCACCCGCAAGUCUCAGACUCGUCGAAUGACCAGUCCUCUGGGGAUCCUCUUUCAGGAGGACUGACGACUUCGCCGCCAUCGGCAGCUACAAUAUCCUCUUCAUCAAUUGACGAGUAUACUAGCGGCAUGUCCCAGAGCACUUCUCACCCCAGCAUCCCGUCUGUGGUGUCAGGAGCGUCGUCUCUCUCUGGUGAGAGUGGCUUCAAGGAGAAUGAUGCUGAAUCAGCCGUUCAGGUUCCUUCGAUUCUUCGCACUGGUGAAACAGUCAAAGCCCGGCAUCCCUGUCCUCCACGACCCGCAGAAGAUGAUGAGUGUCGCUACUACUGCGAUGACGAAGAAGAAUCUGGUGACGACUCGGAAGAUGAAGGACUUGUUAUUGGCAAAAAGAGGGCAACCCCUCAGAAGCCGAUCAUCCGCCCUGGACAGUCGAAGUCAUGA